AUGGCUGUAAUCAGCUUCCUCGUCCUGACGUCCUUGUGUAUCGCGGGCCCGGAGGCCCUCAGUUUAUCCGACUGCGGCACGCACGCCAGACGACCCGAAUACACGGAUAUUGCAGUGAUGUGCGGCACAUCCGCCAUUGACCUGGCCAUCCAGAUCUGCCCGGUUGUCUACACCGGAUACAACGAGAGCCUACUGAUCCUCAACCGUAUCAUGGGCGGUUCAGACUGUCAGGGUAUGCUCGACGCAUCUGUGGUGCCCCCGGUGGUGAGAUUCAGCUUCCCCAUCCUGGAGGGAAACGCCUGCGGGAGUAAUUUCCUUACUACAAGCGCACCGGGGACAGGAAUAUUCUCCGACUUCUCCAACAUCCAAACAGUCAACGUCAGUGGGGUGGUGCGAUCGUACGACCCCACUAUUGGAACAAUCACCUACAACACCGAGCUGAAAUAUUUCUACUCGUGCGCCUACCCUCUGGAGUACCUCAUCAACAACACCCAAGUGGAUGUGUCUUCCUCCUCCAUUGCCUUGAAAGACAACAAUGGAAGCUUCAUCAGCACCCUCAGCAUGACUUUGUACCAGGAUGAAAACUACACCACGCCCCUCAUCAUGCCACCGCAAGGCGUGGAGCUGCGAAAGAAGAUCUACGUGGAGGUCAUUGCCUCCAACCUGACGUCGCAGUACUACGUGCUUCUGGACCGCUGCUACGCUUCGGUGUCCCCGCAUCCGAACAACUCCACCUUCUUUAAUCUCUUUGUCUCGUGCUCCAUUGACCAGCUGACCACCAUCCUGGAGAACGGCGACAGCCAAAAGGCCCGCUUCCACUUUUCGGCGUUCCGUUUCAUCGAGCAGCAGAACGAGACCAUCUCCACCUACUAUCUCCAUUGCAUCACUCGACUGUGCGAGCCCAGCACUUGCAGCAGCUUCAAGCAAUGCAACGGGAGGAGGAAAAGGACCGUGGAGACGACUGUGGUGAAGGACAGCAUCGCUGAACCGUCUGUGCUCACCGUGCCGAUAAAAGCCAGGACCGAUUCUCCACUGAGUACCAAAGACAGACUUUUGAAUACAGUACAGACCAGUGCAGGUGGGAGCGCCUCGGUCGGCCUGGGGAUCGCCGUCGCCGUCCUUGUUGUCAUGUCCGUGACGGCCAUUGUGACGGCCACGACUUUCUAUCGAAAGCUGAAGCGGCUCAGCUAG